UUGUCAAUCCGUCGUCUGCUUGCGAGACGAGACAGGGACAAGUUACAGAGCAUAUACGUGUAUUUAGUCGCACAGAAAAACGUAUAAUUUUUUAGCACAUAGUUCCUUACACUCAGGACUCACGCGAUCCAUGAACAGACGUUAAAGACGAGAGUUAUCCCGCCUGGAGACGGCGGCGUGCUGCCAGACAACCCCCACACUCGGCUCUCUGACACUUUAACUGUCUUUUUGCUAUUACUUUCUCUUCUGCUUUCAAUCUGACCUGUUUCUUGCUGCUUGUUAGCUAAAGGAGGAACUGCUUUUACGAUAGUAAAGUUUAGAAAGAUUCCAGACAAGUAGAGACAUUCCACACUUCCUUCUGCUUUCAAACAAUCCUGCCUGUUUCACAUGCUAUCAAUACAAUUGGAGAGUUCUCAUACAGUUUCUAGAACAUCUUAAUCUGACAGAUAUUGUCGAAAGUCGGAUCUAGCGGUUUUCAUAUACAUGACUGUCGUGUAAGCACAAUUGUCAUGCUAACAUUUCGUACAAACACUUUGUAAACGUUCUUACCUGUCAGACGAAGAGCGGAUUUUAUGAAAGGAAAGUUUAGAGAUUCCAGACUUGUAGAGAAACUCCACUUAGACCUGCACAAUACUCUUUUCUCCAAGAGAGACAGAACACAUGCAAUUUUAACAGUAAUUGCGGUAGAUAAAGGGAUGUGGAUUUAAUGAUUUUUUUGUGAUUGCGACGAAACUUUUGAGAAUGUCCAUGGAGCAACUUUCUCAACCUCUUCAGUUCUGAGUGAAGUAAGCCCUCCCUCUCUUGAGUUCUUAGUACAGCAAGCAUUCUACUUUCACUCUUAAUUUUUACACAAAUGUGUACAUAAACUGGAGAAAACAAAAACCGGUAGGGAAAUACCAUGGAAGACAUUGCCAAAAUGCGAAAUCUGGACCAAGCACUGCAUAUAUAAAUUUAAAAAAAAAUUUAUAAUCACAAAGAAGAAUUUAACCGAGAAGCGCAAACGUCCCGCGGAAAUCUUCAAACUGACUUUAAUGUUUCACUGAAAGGUGUUAAAGACUGCGGCAUUGGGUACAAGGUUUGGAUCCCGUCUCACACGUGCGCGCAAGCAAACAUGACCAUGAGUUCUCUGGUUUGUAUGUACUCACGUGAAGAAAGCGCUCACUGUGUAAAGCUCCUGGUGCACAGAGUUCAAGCUGCCAUUAUGAUGGAUCUUUAUGCAAUACUUGGCUCACAACCAACACACUCAGCCUUACAACGCGUUUAACUGUUUCUGGUUCUUUUGGUUUAACAGCAUUUUUAUAACCUGAUUACCAAGAAAUGCCAUUAAACAGACACCCAGGGCUGGUUUCCUGUCCACAUACGUGCAUGGUGAGUGAAAAAGUACAACUUUUGUUGAGUACUUCUGUUUACAACGGAGCCUAGAGCAACUAAACUAAACAACAUACGGUCGCAUUCCACACACCAAUAUACUUAUUUAUUACACCCUGUCCUCGAUCCUAUAAAAAAAUAUCCACCCCCAUUAAGCCACCCCACACACACACCAGAAGUAAAUAUGUGAACUAUUUCAAAUAUCGUCAAAUCUCUGUUUGUUGUCUCACCUUUAAUUUGUCUAGAAACGCAAAACAUGACUGCUGUCACCUUGCAAGGUGGAGGUGUGGUCACCUACCCAGUUUCCCGCCUAAAGGCUGGCCUGACCCUUGUGUCCCCUGUUCUGUGGGUCAGUAUCAGUCUGCUGCUGCUGCUGCCUGGUGGAAGCUGUGAUGCUGGAAACAAAACAUCUGUUUGGCUGGACAAUAACUAAAUAUCCUGUGGCCAUUUGUUGUUGUUUUGGUGACAGGAAGAGUAAGGAGACGAUCAUCGGACGAGGAGCGGAGUUGUCAGGCUGGGAUGUAAGGGAAGAACAGAGAAAUAACCAGGGCAGGUGCCAGCAAAGAAAUUAAAACACAGCCCGGACAGUUUGCAGGAAAAGCGUAUAAUUCUUUAACACUUAGUUUAUUACAUCCAGCACAAAAAAAGAAUAAAUAAACAAACGAUAAAGGCUGUGAUUCAAGGAGCUAGCGUCUGGCUGACGAGAGUUAUCCCGCCUGGAGACCGCCGCGUGUUGCCAGACAACCUCCACACUCGCCGCUUGGCCCUCUAACACUUCACAAACGCAAAACAUGACUGCUGUCACCUUGCAAGGUGGAGGUGUGGUCACCUGCCCAGUUUCCCGCCUAAAGGCUGGCCUGACCCUUGUGUCCCCUGUCCUGUGGGUCAGUAUCAGUCUGCUGCUGCUGCUGCUGCCUGUCGGAAGCUGUGAUGCUGGAGACGCGCCAUGUCCUGCCGAAGAAACAGCUCUGCUGCUGUCACCACUCAUUGCUUCAGGACAGAUACACUUAGCUCAGGAGAAAAGUCGAGUCAGAUGUCUGCCCGGGGCUGACCUAGAGAGCUACUCAGGCUUCAUUAGUGUGGACAAACCCGAAUGUGGCAGCAAUCUUUUCUUCUGGUUCAUUCCUGCUCAGGAACGACCUAAAGACGCACCGUUGCUGCUGUGGCUGAAUGGAGGGCCAGGUCGCUCCUCCAUGUACGGCGCCAUGUUUGAAAACGGACCUUACGAGUUGACUAACACCGUCUCCCAGUCCGUGAUGAGACGGAACGUGACGUGGGUGAAGUACUUCUCUAUGCUCUAUGUGGACAACCCGGUUGGAGCGGGCUACAGCCACACACUUAACUGCUACUCCACAACUCUGAAUGAAUCGACUGCUAAUCUCUACAGUUUCCUUCAACAAUUUUUCGUCCUGUUUCCGCAGUUUUCAAAGAACGAUUUCUACAUCGGUGGGCAGUCAUACGCAGGCAAGUACGUGCCCGCCCUGGGUUACUACAUACACCACCGGAUGGACAGCGACGACAAGCCGCGCAUGCGCCUGAAGGGAAUCUUCAUUGGAUCUGGAUAUUGCGAUCCGGAAAAGAUACAACCAGAGUUGCCAGAAAUGUUAUACAGCGUUGGUAUCUACUCUGACUUCGAUCGUCGUCAGCACUUGAAGCGUAUCGCGGAUGGCUGGAGCAAACCCCAUCACAACCCGUCCUACCCCGAAAAGGGUUUGUUUUGGGAUAUUAUGAGAUACUACUCAUCCAUGGGGCAUCCGACCGAAAAAACGUAUAACGUUUAUGAUCAUCGCUUGGAUAUUCGACAACUAAUUAAUUGGGACUUACUGCUUCACCGCUUCAUGAGUAAGCCGUCAGUUCAGAACGCCCUCCACGUUGGCAGACGACCGGGAGCAUUUGGAGCUAUACCCAAGGAAUUCAGUCCCCUGGAGAGCAUCCGGGGCGUUAGAAUGGAGAUGGCUCUACUGAUGGAUCACUACAAGGUUCUACACUACACGGGCAAUAUGGACAUCAUUGUCAACGUCAGAAUGACGGAAGCUUAUCUACUGGCCACACCGUGGUCAGGUCAGGCCGACUACAACAACAGUCAGCGAUACCCUUGGUGGCACAACGAACGGCUGGCUGGCUUCUACACCCAAGUCCACAAUUUUACUCGUGUGAUCAUAAGGAAUGCAGGCCACGAUGCCCCACGUGACCAGCCGGAGUGGACACUGGAGAUGAUGCAACGGUUCAUCAGCAACCAGCCCUUUUGGUCAUCGGCGACGAGUGGCGCUGUCUUAUGACGGUUGGAGUGCAGGCUGGGGAGCCUUAAUAUCAACUGUCUUGUCAUCUCGAUCAUCUUGAUAUUUAUGUUUGGCUGCUGAGAGCUGGGAUAUCCCGUAUAGCACCCUUCGGCCUUGCUGUCAAAACAACAUUGUUCAUAAGCUGCGAUGCUAGUUUUCUCCUGGUUAUAAACCCCAAGGAUGAAUAGUUUUUAUUCUACUAGAUAUAUUGAUGGUGGUGAUUGUUGUAGUAUCAGCUAAUAGUAAAAAAUAAGUUGUGAUAAAAGAUCCAAAAAUACUUGAUGUGGACUUAACUUGUCUUGUAAUGAAACACACUUCUCAUCUAUUUGACUUCUUAACAAGUCCUCCAAUAAAACAUUCAUUGGACUCAACGUCUUCCAGCGAAACACAGCUUAUUCCUUUGACUCAAAACGUGUUCAUGUACGUUACGGCCACAGCCGGCCGAAAGCGCGGCUGCCCUAGAACACACGCCGGCCACAGGUGUACGAAACAUUGUUGUAACCACAGUAGAGUCUGAGCUUGUAAUUCUGCGUGUAAAUGAAUGAAUACAUAAGGGAGAAAACACUAGAACCUUAAGGAAUUGUUUCACCAGGGAUUACAUCCGUUGAAAUCUCGAAAAAGUGAACCAAUCAGAUAUUUCGCUAUGUUUGAAAGUAGGCGAGGAUUUAGUUGUUCAAAUGCCAAGUCGAAGUCUGUUGCCGGUUACUCAAUUCAACUUGGAUUUUUACUCUAACAACCGAAAAGGAGAAGAAAACAGUAAUAUUUAAAUUCAAAUGUAUAUUCUAAUACAAUAUAUGGCUGUUUUGUACUUUUGUGUGUGCAUAUAUUUUAUAAAUAUUUUUUUCUUAAUGUCGCACUUUUAACCUACUUUCCGAUUUGUGAAUUCUCUGUCCUAUAAUUAUAGUUACAGUCUUUCAGUUGAUUUUACUACAAAAAAACAAAACGUAUAUUUGUGAAAAUUUACACCACGUAAAUGUAUUUAAAAUGUUCUUUGAAACUUGGCAUCACAGAUAGCUGUUUUUGUUGUAAGUUAAGAAAUAUAAAUUUUUAAAAAUACUGGUGGAAAUUUCAUUUGGCGGGCACUUGCCGCUGCGUAUACCAGGGCAGCGCGGGUUAGCGCAGUCGCUUACACAAGGCCUAAUGUCUUUAUCUUUUUCCCAUCUAUUAUUUCGAUGAAACACGCACACACAUAUCUCAAUCAGAGUAAUUUAAAACAAAACUGUUUGUAUCGUGAAAGUUGCCUGCAUAGACUGCCGAUAACUCGUCUUAUGUGUAUAUUAUUUUACGAUGAUUCUAAUCAAAAAUCGUAUAAAAUUGUUGUUGAUAACAAGCAAUUUACUACAUAUAAAUUUAUUUGUUCGAAGUAAUCUUAAUCAGAGGUCACUUGGCUAGCUGUACUGAACUGUGGUAAUUUUAACCUGAGGUUAAGUGGUUAACUGUACUGAUUUUAACGGACUGUUGUUGCUGUAAUCCUCGGCAAUCUUACCCCGAUUUUUGUGUUAUACUUUUAUGUCUUAAGCAUGGUUGUAUACAUAAUAUGUGUCUUACAAGGGACUUCGUCCAGUAUGUAUAUGCUUUAGAUGUCUGUAGUACAUAUCUCAUACAAAGGAUUUUGCUAUUUUACUUUGCAGUAGCAGCGUACAGUAAAGUAUUAAAUACACAAUCUAAAUAAG